UGUGUGACCUGUGGAAAAUGUUUUGGUCGAAAACUGACUUUAACUCACCACAUGAGUAUUCACACUGGUGAAAAGCCGUUUUCAUGUGUAAACUGUGGAAAAAGUUUUAAUCAAAAACAGCAUUUAACUCAGCACAUGAUGAUUCACUCUGGAGAAAAGUUGUUUUCAUGUGGAAGCUGUGGAAAAAGUUUUAGUCGAAAACGGGAGUUAACUCAGCACAUGAUGAUUCACACUGGUGAAAAGCCGUUUUCAUGUGGAAGCUGUGGAAAAAGUUUUAGACAAAAACAGGAGUUAACUCAGCACAUAAGGAUUCACACUGGUGAAAAGCCGUUUUCAUGUGGGACCUGUGGGAUAAGUUUUAGUCGAAAACAGAAUUUAACUCAGCACAUGAUGAUUCACACUGGUGAAAAGCCGUUUUCAUGUGUAAACUGUGGAAAAAGUUUUAGUCGAAAACAGGAGUUAACUCAGCACAUGAUGAUUCACACUGGUGAAAAGCCGUUUUCAUGUGGGCGAUGUGGAAAACGUUUUCGUCACAAAGUUAGUUUAACUCGCCACAUGAGGCGUCACACAGGUUAAAAGCCAUAGAAGUAUUUUCCAUACAUGUCCUGUUCACUAUUCAAUUGAUUUGGUUUAACACUAGAAUGAAAGACUGGAGGGGUUUCAUGUCUAUAAAGCUGAAAGUUGUAUUUGUUAAAUGUGAUAAUUUGGAUCUUCAAAUUUGGAUUCUUGGAGAUGUGCAACCAUGACGCAUUUUCUUUCAGAGAUGCUUUGUUUUUUUUUCUGACAUAUUCUGUAUCAAAAAUCAAUACUGAUAAACUGUAUGUUAUUGUAUUAACAUCCUGUUUAUGUACAACGUGAAGAGCAGAGGGCUCAGCACACAGCCCUGAGGAGAGCCAGGACUGAUGCUGAGAGCUGAAGUGGCUUUGGAGCCCACUGACUAUUUCAUACACUAACAGAGUUUGACCGGACAUGGACUCCCUUCCAGAACAUUCUCACAAGAUUGGACUUGAGGGAUUGAGGGGAGAUCAAGCGCUGAUUGUAAAUAUUGUUUUUAUACAUUUUAACCAUAAGAAUUUGGAUCUACGUCUUUCUUAUAAUUGUAAUUAUGUUCUUUGCUUUCAUAUUAGUCUUUAAAAUGUCAGAAUUUGCUCAUAGGUUUAUAGUUUUGUUUGUCUGAUGACAUAAUUUUUAAGUGUGAAAUAAAUCAUAACGAUUUGUUACUCAAAAGCC